AUGGCGUAUGUGAAAGCUGGUCGCCACAGUUAUUCCACAGAUUUUGAAGUACAUAGGAACUGGCUUGCCAUCACUCACAACUUGCCCAUCUCUCAGUGGUACUAUGAAGCAACUUCGGAAUGGACCCUGGAUUAUCCACCAUUUUUUGCUUGGUUUGAAUGUGCACUCUCGCAUGUUGCCAAGUACUUUGACCCCAAGAUGUUGGUUAUUGAAAAUCUAAAUUACACCAGUCGUGCAACCAUCCUCUUCCAAAGAUUUUCCGUCAUCUUUACAGAUAUCCUUUUCAUAUAUGCAGUUCGUGAGUGCUGCAGAUGUGUAAAUGGAAAACGAGCUGCAAAGGAUGCCCUGGAAAAACCAACAUUUAUUCUUGCUGUUCUGCUCUUGUGGAAUUUUGGGUUGUUAAUUGUGGAUCAUAUCCACUUUCAGUACAAUGGCUUUCUGUUUGGGCUGAUGCUUCUUUCUGUUGCCCGACUAUGUCAGAAACGAUACUUGGAGGGUGCUCUUCUUUUUGCUGUUCUUCUGCAUUUCAAACACAUCUACAUAUAUGUGGCCCCAGCAUAUGGCAUUUAUUUACUACGAUCCUAUUGUUUUACUACAAAUAAUGCAGACGGAUCCCUGAAGUGGAGAAGUUUCAGCGUGCUUCACGUAACUCUUCUGGGGUUGAUUGUCUGCCUUGUUUCUGCUCUUUCAUUGGGCCCCUUCAUAGUAUUGGGCCAGCUGCAUCAAGUCAUUUCACGGCUUUUUCCUUUCAAGCGAGGCCUCUGCCAUGCUUACUGGGCCCCUAACUUCUGGGCUUUGUACAAUGCCAUGGAUAAAGCACUAACAAUUUUUGGUUUAAAGUGUAAUUUUCUUGAUCCCACAAAAAUUCCUAAAGCCUCAAUGACAGGAGGGCUGGUUCAAGAGUUUCAGCAUACUGUCCUCCCUUGUGUGACUCCACUGGCAACAUUAAUCUGUACUUUCAUAUCUAUUUUGCCCUCUGUUUUCUGUCUUUGGUUUAAACCUCAAGGGCCCAGAGGCUUUCUACAGUGCCUUGUUCUUUGUGCAUUGAGCUCCUUCAUGUUUGGCUGGCACGUGCAUGAAAAAGCAAUACUCCUUGCUAUUCUGCCUUUAAGCUUGUUGUCUGUUCAGAGAGUGAAGGAUGCUGGCAUCUACUUGCUUCUGACAACCAUAGGGCAUUUCUCACUUUUUCCACUGUUGUUCACACCACCAGAACUUCCAAUUAAAAUACUGCUCAUGCUGCUGUUUACUGUUUAUAGCUUCUCUUCAUUGAAUUCUCUAUUCAGGAGGGAGAGGCCUCUUCUUAACUGGCUUGAAACAAUCUACCUUAUCCAACUAGUGCCUUUGGAAAUCUUCUGUGAAAUUAUAUUUCCUCUGACCCCCUGGAAAAGGCACUUUCCUUUUGUUCCUCUGUUGCUGACCUCUGUAUACUGUGCUCUGGGUGUCACAUACGCUUGGCUGAAACUCUAUGUCUCUGUCUUGACUGAGAGAAUUUCAGUUAGACAAAAGGCUGAGUAAAGCUGUGGUGUUGGGACCAGUCCUGGGUUAUCCCUCUGAGGGGAUAAUCCAGCACGGUGAGGGGUUGUCACUAGGACAUACAACUCUUGAUAAGACACAGCAUACAUGUACCAUCGCCAUGAGGGGAGUUUUCUUCCAACACUUGUAUACUGCCCAAGAAUGAUACCUCUGACCAGAAGCACUCGUCACAAUAACAUGAUCUGCGGUGAGGUGCCACUUGCUGUGGAUAAACUGUGAAGCUCAACAAUGUUAAAGGAUUUUAUCAGACUCUGGGUAUCUCUAGGCUUGCUUCAUUAACAACUCAGAGUUGGGCCAUCCCUUACAAGCGAGGUCCAGACUUUGGUCCUGAGGAAAACCUGCCUGGCUUUCCCAUUACUGUUUGUGUUUGAAUAAAAAUUGUUGUGACAAAUUACAAGGGAUCGUUGCUGUGUAAGAGAGCAUUGUAAUUGCGUCCUGUAGGAUAGGUAAAUUAAAAACAUGAUAUUUUUUUGUUUGAGCACUUCUUGUGGUUCUUUCAGCUCAUGCCAAAGCCCUGCUUUUGAGGGACACCUACACAAGUAGCUGUCAACUUGUCCAGAGGUGCUUUGUCAAACUCUUGAAGACCUGAAUCUCAAGCUCUAAAUUAGUUGCUUAAUGUCUUUCCCUUUGAUCUCCUUGUUUCAUAGAUUCUUUGCAAAGAGGUUCUCAUAGUCUUAUAAUACUUAUUCUUGUAGACCAGAUUACCAAAUUGAGGUGUGUUUCUGAAGAGGAUUUUUUUCAAUGCCAUUAAAUGUAUCAGAUAAUGUAGCUGGAUAAUUGUAUUUAUUUGCAAUUCAUGUGAAAUUCUGCAGCCAUGACAAAAGACCAAGUGUCCACAGUUCCUCUAGUAAAUUGAGGAAGAGGUGUUCUGCCUCUACAGAAUCACCUACCCUUGAAGGCAAGUUACCUACAGCUUGAUGCAGUUCAUACUUUUUUAAACCCUAUAUAACCAUGUCUAAAAGAUUUUGCUCUAGAAAUUGGGGUCUGAUUUCAAGCCCA